GCGUGCGCGCUUGUGGUUGGUGCUUCGUCCCCCCCCUUUCCUUCCUAAACUCCCCAUAUCUGUCAGCCAGUAAACAUUACCUGAGAAAUCCCCAACGGAAACGACAGCUGAGGCAAGAAGCUUCUUGCCUUCAACGUUUCCACCUCCCGCUCCCCGCCCCCAACCCCCCCUCCUGCUGUCCCAACUUUCUGAAGUGCCUUUUCCCUACCUAAGCAGGAGUCAUCUCUUUGACCCCCACACCCGCUACUUUGCAUUUUUAGAGGGGACCAGGUGGGGUUCUCUUUCUCACCACCCCCCACAGACACGUCGCCCCCACCCGACUUAUUUAUUAUUUGCUUCUCUUUUUUGGUUUUGGGCUGCGGGUGUGUAGUUUUGCACAGGGGGUAUCUCCCCCCUCCCCCGUCAACGUCUCCCCCCACCCCUCGGAGGAUGGUUUGGAAAUGGCUGGGCGCGCUGCUGGUGUUCCCGCUGCAGCUGAUCUAUUUGGUGGUGAAAGCGGCCGUGUGUCUGGUGCUGCCCGCCAAGCUACGGGACCUGUCCCGGGAGAGCGUCCUCAUCACCGGCGGGGGAAGAGGCAUCGGGCGCCACCUCGCUCGGGAGUUUGCUGAACGCGGAGCGAGAAAGAUUAUCCUUUGGGGUCGAACUGAGAAAUGCCUAAAGGAGACCACAGAAGAGAUCAGGCUGAUGGGCACCGAAUGCCACUAUUUUAUCUGUGACGUGGGCAACCGAGAAGAAGUUUACCAGACCGCAAAAGCCGUUCGAGAGAAGGUGGGGGAUAUCACAAUCCUGGUCAACAAUGCUGCCGUGGUCCAUGGGAAGAGCCUGAUGGACAGUGACGAUGACGCCCUCCUGAAGUCACAGCAUAUCAACACGCUGGGACAGUUCUGGACCACCAAGGCCUUCCUGCCCCGGAUGCUGGAGCUCCAGAAUGGCCACAUUGUGUGUCUCAAUUCAGUUCUGGCUUUGUCUGCCAUCCCUGGAGCCAUUGACUACUGCACCUCCAAAGCAUCUUCCUUCGCCUUCAUGGAAAGUCUGACUCUGGGUCUGCUGGACUGUCCGGGGGUCAAUGCCACCACCGUCCUGCCCUUCCAUACUAGCACAGAGAUGUUUCAGGGAAUGAGGGUCAGGUUUCCCAACCUCUUUCCCCCGCUGAAGCCAGAAACAGUGGCCCGGAGGACAGUGGAAGCCGUCCAGCUCAACCAAGCCCUUCUCCUGCUCCCCUGGACUAUGAACAUCCUUGUCAUCCUGAAAAGCAUACUCCCACAAGCAGCACUUGAAGAAAUCCACAAGUUUUCUGGCAGCUACACCUGCAUGAACACUUUCAAAGGUCGGACAUAAAGCCAGAAACACGGAGACAUCCUCCAGGCCAAGGGAAGCCAGCAGGGCCUCCAGAGGCCUGUCCUUUAGCACUGCCCUCCCGCUGCAGGGCGCCCAUGGGCACUGCUCCUGUCCCCGGGAGGGAGGGAACAUGACUGCUGAGCCAGCACCAUGACCUUUUGCACAAGACUGAUGGACAGGACCCUUACCCACCAGGAGGCGAAAAGCAAAAAACAAAAAACAAACAAAAAAAACCCAGCAGCCUUGACAUUUUUGUAUAUUUCUAAUUCUUUAGAGUUUUAUCAUUAAAUCUGCUUAUAUAGUCGAACCAUU